AUGGAAGACUCCGUUGAGCAGAUGUUAAUAAACAUCGGCAAUGACAGCUUCAGUGAAGAGGAUUCGGACAGUGAGAGCAGCGACAAUGAAGAGCAAGGACGCGGCAGUAACGUGAGUGACUUGGUGGCUCUGCAAAUUAUUGCAGCUUCCACAUUCUUCAGCGGCACGUGGAAGAACUCGAAAAUAGUGGACGUCUUUGGCACACUGGAUCGAAUCUACCGAGAUAUUCAGUGCAAGAACCGACAGGUUAAGACUCAAAUAAAGGUUACAGUAGUCUCCAUCGUCAUAACUUUACUGUUUAUAAUCAAAUUCGGACAAAUCAUGAUGGACGAUGCACAAGUUCUCUCGGUGAUGAAGCAUGCAACCUUCCUAUUGCUGGAGUGUACGCAUCUUACCUUUCUCUUCCACUUCACCCAUGUAACUCAAAGUAUUACAAUGGGUUUCAAGAUGGUUACUGACAAGAUGAGACAUCAGAUUAUCUGCAACAUAAUUGAACACACGGUGACUGAGCGUAGCCUGGCUGAUGUUGCCAUCUUUCAUACAACACGCACUACGGUAUCUAAGAUCAAGAAAAUGAAGUCUCUGAUGAACACCUACUGGAUGCUGUGUGACGCCGUACACCAGGCUAAUGACUUCUACUGCGAUCAGCUGAUGGCCGUUAUGUUCUCCUUAUUUGUCCACGUCACUAUCAAGUCCUACUUCUUCUUCUUGCACGUCAGAUCUAGCGAAGUGUUCGCCUUGACUAUAGAUGCAGUCUGGGUAAUGGUUCACAUCUGCUAUGGGAUUCUGGUUGUGAACUCAAGCACUGAAGUCACUAACUCGGCUGAGGAAACAUCUUUGAUGAUUUGCAAGUUGAUAAGCAAGGAUAUGAAUCAGAGCUUUAGGAACGAGCUGAAAGGGUUCCUGCGGCAAUCGCCUCACCACAACGCAAGAUUCUCUGCUCGUGGCUUUUUCAAGAUCCACAACGAAACAUUAAUAUCAAUGGCUGGAGCAGCGACGACUAACCUGGUGGUACUGAUCCAGUUCCAGGCCGAGAAAUAA